CGCCGGUUUGAAUUCAACUAUUUGUUGUCAGUGGUGUUUGAUGCUUGAUAUCCAUUUUUCUCAUCUGUUUUGACGUAUUAAAUAAGAAAAUAUGAAGGCUGCAGUAUUUGCGCUGGUUUUGAUAUGCCUUGGCAGUUCAUUGUCAUGUGCAGAAUCCCAGCCCAUCGAUAGCAGCUCAACAAAUGACAUCCAGAAGUUUAGCCGCCGUUAUGCUGAAUCAACCAUUGCAAGUGACAUCAGCAAAAUUGUGGACUCGAUGGUUCAGAAAAACUUUGUAAACUAUCUGCUCAAUCAGAGAGAGAAGAAGAGCGAACCAACUAUGGCAGAGGAUUCAGACAACCACAUCUUCAAUGACCUGCUGAAAAAAGAGUUCAUGAUGUGGGUUCAGAGUAAAGCCGAUGCAUUCAAGAAUCAAUAAAGCUAAACAGGACGUGCCUCUUAAAGCACCUUUGGAGAACAAACCAAAUUUGAAGGGCAAAUGAGUCUACUACCAGAAUUUUUCACAGCCUAUCUGAAUAUCUUGUCAUGUAUCUCUAAAUGAAAACCUGUUAAUUAAAAAUAAAUUGUGUUCAAAAUCA